CUCUCUCGCGUUAUCUUUCCUAUUUUAAAACCCUCUCUCUCUCCAUUUCACAUUCCUCAGUCACCAAUCACAAAUCCCAGUUCCAGACUUCUCAAUUUCAUGUUUCGAAGUCCAGAAUCAAUUUUAUUCCCACCUAAGUUUUCACUUAGAUCUGUUUCCAAAUACCAGCUAAAACCCCAUCAUUCUUCGAUGCAAAUUUCACUUCCUCCACUCUACUGAGCUGUGUGUUCACAGAGAAAAGUGUUCUGAGUGUGGGUUUUGGUGUUAUGUCUGCUUUGCAGAAACUGCCGCAGAGUAUGGCGACUGCGAGCUGUUAUGGGUCGAUGCUGUCGUGUAAGGCUGACGUUUUUGUGCCCGAUCAGUUCCCGGUGGGGUUGAGAGUUCUUGUAGUGGAUGAUGACAUUACCUGCUUGAGAAUUUUGGAGAAAAUGCUCCGAAGAUGCAUGUACAUUGUUACUCCUUGCUCCCAGGCUAUUGUUGCUUUAAACAUACUACGGGAGAGCAAAGGCUGUUUUGAUGUUGUAUUAAGUGAUGUUCAUAUGCCUGACAUGGAUGGCUUCAAACUCCUCGAACGAGUUGGGUUGGAAAUGGACCUUCCUGUCAUUAUGAUGUCAGCAGAUGGAAGAACCAGUGUUGUUAUGAGGGGAAUCAGACAUGGGGCCUGUGAUUACUUGAUUAAGCCUAUACGUGAAGAAGAGUUGAAGAAUAUAUGGCAGCAUGUUGUGAGGAAAAAGUGGAAUGAAAACAAAGAGCAUGAACAUUCAGGUAGCUUUGAUGAAAAUGAUCGGUGUAAACGAGGAAGUGACGAUGCUGAAUAUGCUUCUUCUGUUAACCAAGGAUCAGAAGGUCUAUUAAAAACACAGAAAAAGAGGAGAGAUGCUAAAGAAGAAGAUGAUGGUGACAUGGAAAGUGAUGAUCUGUCAUCAUCCAAGAAGCCACGCGUUGUAUGGUCAGUUGAGCUCCAUCAGCAAUUUGUUAGUGCUGUGAAUCAACUUGGGAUUGAUAAGGCUGUACCAAAGAGAAUACUUGAAUUGAUGAAUGUUCCAGGUUUAACUAGAGAAAAUGUUGCAAGCCAUUUGCAGAAAUUCAGAUUAUAUUUAAAGAGAUUGAGCGGAGUAGCUCAACAACAAGGUGGGAUGCCGAAUUCAUGUUGUGGGCCUAUGGAGCAGAAUCCAAAACUCGGUUCGCUGGGAAGAUUUGAUAUUCAAGCUUUUGCAGCCUCUGGCCAAAUUCCUCCACAAACACUGGCGGCUCUGCAUGCUGAGCUUUUAGGUCGACCAACGGGUAACAUGUUGCCACCAAUGGACCAGCCAGCUCUACUACAAGCAUCCCUACAGGGACCCAAGUUUAUUCCCGUUGAUAAUGGUGUCGCAUAUGGUCAGCCUUUGAUGAAGUGCCCAUCCAACAUUUCCAAACAUUUUACUCAAUCCAUCAUAUCUACUGAGGGUGGUCAUGCAGGAUUUGGAGCAUGGUCAUCAAAUAGCCUUGGUAGCUUUGGACCAAGUCACAAUCUUGGUAGUUUGGGUGUCCAGAAUAGUAAUGUAUUGAUGGGCAUGUUACAACAUCAGCGACUGCAAGAGCAGCAUCAGAAACAAAAAAUUGUGGCAGAAAAUUGCCGUUCAAUUAACGUGCAGCCUUCUUGCCUUGUGGCCCCGUCUCAAUCAUCAGCCAGUUUUCAGGCAGCAAAUAGUCCUGCUUCCAUUAACCAAAAUGGCGCUUUUAAUAGAAAUUCUAUUAUUGAUUAUAACGUUCUGUCAGCUCAAUCAAAUAAUUCCUCCUUUGGUGUUGAACAAAUGUCGGAUAGGGAGCUAAAAACAGCAGUUGUACUUAAUGGGUACUCUGUACCAGUUCCCAUGUCUCCAUCAAUGUCAUCCUGUUCAGUAAAUACUAGCAAUGCUUCUGGUUGGCAAGUUCAGAAUUCAACCCCAACAUAUAUUACCGGCAGACAGUUGCCAGAUCAGGUGCCUAAUACGAAUGACAUUGAAGGUUCUUAUAGUGCUAAGGCAGAUCAAGGACCUCUCAGGAAUAUUCGAUUUAUUGGUAAAGGCACUUCCAUUCCAAGUCGUUUUGCAGUGGAUGACCCUGAGUCACCUGUAACUGACUUGAACCAUGGAAAAUUCUAUGGGGAGAAUGAAAACAAAGUAAAGCAGGAGCCUAAUCUGGAUUUUAUUGAGGAUUCGAAAGUGGGGAUACCUAUGUCGCAACGUUUUCCUCCGAAUGAUCUCAUGAGUGUUUUCUCUGAAUAGGCUUGCAUUGGGUGUUGGGUGGAAGUCUCUUCACUUCCAUGGAGGAUGUCAAUAUUCACAUUACUAAAUGUUGUUCUGAAGCGAUUCUACUUGAAGUCCUCAUAUUUAUUUUACUUCACCCAAAGUCCAUCAGUGCUUGCAUCACUCAGAUAAGGGAUGGAGUUGAAAAACUUGUAAUCUCUCAGUACCUCUGAUUCUGAGAAUUAAAAUCAGAAUGCUUCUACCGUAAUAGUUUUCUGGUCAUCAGGUAAUAAGCUGUGUCUCUGACUCUCAUGUCCCAACAAUUUGAAACAGGGUCAGUCAUGAAGGCAUCUUGCCGACAUUAUUGUGUAGUUAUUGGAGCUUAUUCAUGUGAAAAUGUCCAUUUGUUUAUUACACUUUAGAUCAAGAAUUUAGUAAAUUAAGCAGCAAAUAUAAUUUUUAAUAGUUUAGGGCUAUUAUGUUUCCUGAAUGCAACUCAUUACAAAAUUGUAGCACCAUGAUGUAUCCUGCUACAAUACUGUGCCAUUCAAAAGUCAAUCAAGAAUGAA